UUAUGUCGCGGUUGGUAUUAAAUUUAUCACAAUCUCCCUAGGUUUAAAACUUGUUUAAUGUUAGGUUACUUUUCAAAGCAUCGGUGAAAUAUGCUAUCAAAAUAAAUCAAAAAGUAUGUAAAAGUAAUAUGAAAGGUUUAAAAUGGAUGAGAACAGUGAAAGACUAUGGAAAACAUUCCAAAAGUUAGGUAUAGAAGUCGGAAAUGUGCGAAGAAACGUUAUAGACGGUUGGUUUGAUACUGACAACAAAGAAUUACUCGAUUUUUUAAACUUUAUUUCUCACAACAUUACCGAAGACAACUUUUUAAAUCCUAUUGAAGUUGAGACGUGCAACCUGCUGAAACAAGAAGGAAUCUUGUUACAUGGAAGGGAAUAUGAAUCAGCUUGUAAAGAUGUUUCAGUAACAUAUCCAGGUGUGUUUGAUUAUAAGCAAAAUUGUGUGGAUGUAGAUAUAUUAGAACACCAAGUUGUGCACAUCUUGAAACAGAAAGAUUAUUUUAAUGAUGCAACCCGACAAAUUGAGACAAGUUUUAGGGAAGUUGAAAAAGAAGCUGUUCAGUGUGAAGGUAAACGAUUAAAAUCAACAGUUGAUUUAGAAAGCGCAACAGAAUCUUGUGUAGAGCUCGCAAUAAAGUUGGAUGAAUUAAAUAUACAAAUUUUUCAAGAAUUUUCACUUUAUGAAUCUUCACCUCCUUUGCAAUUUAUUGAUAUAUCUUUUAAUGAAUUUCUAAAUAACAUAAAAGACACUCUAACUCAGUUGAAUAUAGGAUGUGACAUGAUACAACAUCAUGAAUUUGAUGAUAAUUUAAACUAUAUAAAGAACCGAGCAUUUACAAGUGCAAAAUUAGUUAAGGAGAAACAGAUUUUGUUAGAGACUUUAAUGGCGAAGAAUAAUUUUCUUAUCAAGUUGGAUAUUAUGUCUUUAAUUCCAUUAAGUAGAAAUAUUUUCAGUGAAAGAGUAAAAAUAGAAAGUAAUAUUUUAUCAAAAGAAGCAAUUCGUAAUAUCCACAUGGUGCAAUUGGAAACUAAACUGUGUGAGAGUAUAAAUACAACUAUUAAUCAACAUAAGCUGUUAAUGGCCCAAGAAAGACUUGCUUACAUAGAAAAUAAAUUAAAUUUUACAUCAAAUGUUUUAAAAUAUAUCAAUCAACUUUCUUCAUAUUUUAUUAUUAUGUAUUCUUUACUGAAUGUCAAUCAUUCCAACAUUCAAAUUUUACAUGAAAAUGUUUUAUCUGUUUAUACAUCUAUUAAUGACAACCUUCAAAGGUGCAACAUGCGAAUUGAAACAAUGGAAUCCAAUAUACAAGAACAAUUAAUUUAUAGAAAUCUUCCAAUUGAAGAAAAAAAUGCUUUUGUGACUGUGUUAAUAAAUUUUUUAUUGAAUGGCAAUACGAAUGAAAUGAAUUUCAACUCGCUUUGUAAUCAUGUAAAGCAAGUGAGAAAAGAAUGUUUAGAUAUUAAGAGAAAAAUUUUUUGUUAUGAACCGGAAGUUUUUGAAAAACAAAUCAAUGAAUUGGAAUUAAAUAUUAAUGUUAUUAAAAAGUUUUUAUCAAACGGCCCUACUUCUGAAUUUGUAACACUUUCCUAUCAUUUAUGUAAAAUAUUUAAAGACAUAGACAGUUUUUGGUUGUCUCAAAACAGUUCCAUUCAUUCAGCAGUUGAUCUUUUUCAUAAAACUAAGCAACAAAUUGCUGGUAAUGUGUGGUUGAAACAUAAAAGGUUAUUAUGGAUGUACUUUUUGUUGGAACCGAAAAAAUUGCAAAGAGUUAUAGAUAAUAUUGAGGAAGAAGUGAGGAAUCGCCAGAAAGAAAAUUUGAAAUAAUAUUUUUUUAUAGCAAUUAAAUAAAGAUGUUAGGCUUAA